GGAGUAUCGAGAAGUUCACCAGGCGACUGACCUAUCCUCUGAUGACACCGAGUUACGACUUGAGUGACAAGAAGGGUUUGGGCCGAUUCUUGUGUGCUUACCAGUAUUUUUGGCUACGCAGUGUGUUGUCCGAUUUGAGAAAGAAGCUGGUUUUUGCUGCUGUAGAACGCUCAGCUGGAGAAGUGGAGUUCUUCGAGUUUGACGAGAUGAUCUUCGAUCCUGAGGCACAUCAACUUUAAGGCAGCCAAGCGAGCAUCCGCAGCGCCAUGGCCAUCCUUGUCCUCAUUUAAUAAGUAUUUCAAGUGAGCUAAUAUCCCAGUGAAGUACUAACUUCUUGAAUCAUGGUUGCUUCUCUCGUGAGAUGAUUUAGGUUAUAAGGUGUCCGAACAGAAGUUAUUAUAUCGUUACUUCAAGUAGAGCAUGCUGUGACUUCAAGUGAACAAGAAAGGCGGGUCCAGGGAUGGCCUCAGGGAUCAUGCGACGCGCGAUAGCAGCUCUAACAACUGCGCUCAUUAGACAGCUACAAACAAGCGCCCGCUGCCGGCAGACUGAACAUGGUGCAGUGUAGUAAAGCCACUAGACAUGACAAUGUCAGUGCUUUUGUCAGCAUGGGUGGAAGUGGUACAACUAGUAGGGACAACUCCUCCAUUUCCGCACCUGCAACAUCCACCUCUGGUGGCAUCAAAAAAUACUACUGCUUCCUACGGUCGGACCUAGAUCCGGAAGACCCACUCAGCGAUAAGCGUUUGAACUCCGAUCUUUUAGAGGAGUUCAUUGCCACUGUUGUCAGCCUCUACCGUACCCGUGAAGUCCAGUACCAUCAGGGUGCAGAGCAGCAAGUAGCAGUCGCGUUCUUGAUGGGCGAACAGAUGCAAGUAGGUGGCUCGAAUCCACCACUCGGAUCAUCGUCUUAAGGGUUCUUGGAACUUGUCUACAAUUAGCAUGUCUACGACAGACUUUUUCAAAAGAGAAAUAAGUCAAAGUCCUUUGGUGUCAUGCGAGAAAAGUAGGCCAAAUGAUUUGAAAAUACCCGCUAAUCUUCGUAUCCACUGUUUGAGCCAGAGUGGCUCAAAGUGUUGCUGUUGAAAGACGCGAUCUUUCACAAUGGACGAAGCUUGUUUUUGCCGGAAGAGGGUUCUACGGUGGACCACAGCUUUGCGGCAGUGCAAAAGGCUGUGAAUCGUGCUGUAUCGGCUUUGACUCCUGGUGCAGCGAAACAGGUCUUCGUGCCCUGGUUUUUAACUGGGAAUAAGCAGGAACAAUCCGCGCCUCCAGCAGCAGGUCUCAGUGAACGAUUGUGGCGUUCCUUGUGCUGUGAGGAAACCGACUGGUCUGCAGAUUUGAAGAAUAAAGUUAUGUAGACUUUCCGAAAUCCAGCUUGUAUGUUCAGAAGCAUCUUCUUGGACCACCUCCCUUGUAACAAGAGGGACGAAGCGGGUCCUAGUAGAUGACUUUCAAGAUGAGAUGACUUUCAAGAUGGAUUCCCGGAAGGUCUAAGAAAGCAAAAGGCUUGAAUAACAAGGUGGAUCGACUUGGUGCUGUUAGUAGUUCAACAGCAACGGGAAGUUCAGCCUCAUCCUCAUCUUCGAUGUCAGAAGAUUCAGUUGUAUCGAUGUCAGAACAAUGUAGUAGGCGUGGGUCCGUCGAUGAGGUGAUAUCUGCGCAACUAGUCAAUGGAGGCGAUACAGGUGGUCAACAAGAUGCCCCAUCUGCUCCCGCUUCAAAAAGUAGGAGUAGUAGCUACACGACGACCUACAAUAGCUCAGAAGGGUGUGUUG